AUUUAACAUUUACCAUUAAAUAUGAGGAAAAUGCACUAAAUGUGAAAAAAAAAAUGCACUGAUUCGUUUCUUUGUUUCCAGUUUACACUUGGCACCCCAUAGAUAGUAGCAGGCCUACUAACAUUUAAUGAAAUCAUAUUUUAUCAUGUACAGUUUCAAUGUAGUUACGGUUUAGUUCAUGUAUGAAAUAAAUCAACAUCUGGAUGUCAUUAAGGAAACGCUGACUCGGGGUCAGCUGACUCCGGGGCGGAGUCACGUGACCUGCUGCUGUUUCAGUCGGGUUUCGAGCGGGCUGCUUUAACAAUGUCUCCGCUUACUGAGUGUUUCUAUUUGUCUUUCUUUCUCGUCAUUGUUGUCCGCCAAGGGCUCUGCUCUCCCCGGCGGGCCGGCAGUGAAGCCUGGGACUAUGUGGAAGUGAGACCCGGGGCUCACAUGUUCUGGUGGUUGUAUUAUGCUGACAGUCCGUCCGCUCAGUACAAAGAUCUGCCUCUGGUCAUGUGGCUGCAGGGUGGACCAGGAGGAUCAGGGACUGGCUUUGGAAACUUUGAGGAGAUCGGACCCUUGGACAGGGAUCUGCAGCCCAGAAAGAACAGCUGGGUCCAGGCAGCUAGUGUGUUGUUUGUAGACAACCCAGUGGGAACCGGUUUCAGCUACACAGAAAAGUCUGAUAGAUUUGCCACCAAUGUGUCCACGGUGGCCUCAGACAUGCUGGUGCUGCUCCAACACUUCUUCACAGCGAAGCCCGAGUUCCAGAGCAUCCCCUUUUACAUCUUCUCUGAGUCUUAUGGAGGCAAGAUGGCAGCUGCUAUCGCCAUGGAGCUCACAAAGGCUGCAGCCCAAGGAUCUGUGAAGUGCAGAUUUGCUGGUGUGGCUCUUGGAGACUCGUGGAUUUCCCCUCUGGACUCGGUCAUGACGUGGGGACCCUACCUGUACUCCACUUCGCUGCUGGAUGAUUAUGGGCUGUCGGACGUCACCAGUGCUGCAGAGAAGGUGAAGCAGGCUGUGGAGAAGGAGGACUUCCUGAAAGCCACAGAGCUGUGGUCUAUGACUGAGACUGUGGUUGAGCAGGACACCAAUGGAGUCAACUUCUACAACAUCCUGACCCAGCAGCCAGAUGAGAAGCUGACCUCGGCUGAAGGAGAAAACUUCAUCGCUCUGCAGGCACGUCGACACGUCCGCCCCCUGAACAGGCAGUCGCUGAGCGAGCUGAUGAACGGACCGAUCAGGAGGAAACUGGCCGUYGUACCUGAGAACGUCACCUGGGGAGGUCAGGCAGAGGCGGUGUUCAGCUACAUGGCAGGAGACUUCAUGAAGCCGGUGGUGGAUGUAGUUGACCAGCUGUUGGCAGCUGGGGUCAACGUGACRGUGUACAACGGUCAGCUGGAUCUCAUCGUGGACACCAUGGGUCAGGAGAGGUGGGUGAACCAGCUGAAGUGGGAGGGGCUUCCUACUUUCAGCAAGCUGAGGUGGACCUCCCUGGAUGACCCGGCCUCCCCAGGUGUAACUGGAGCUUUUGUUAAGACUUACAAGAACUUUGCCUUCUACUGGAUCCUCAGAGCCGGUCACAUGGUCCCCUCAGACCAGGGACCCAUGGCCCUACAGAUGUUAAAAAUGAUCACCCAGCAGGACUGAUGGACCCACUGCUUCUCUGGGAAUUGCUCCGACAAUCACAAUUUGCUCAAGCUCUUUUAAUCACACAUGAUUUGUAUUUGAUUACAGAUUCUGUACUUUUAACGCAAUAAAUCAAUAAAGAUGUUUUUUUCUAAAUA